AGUUCAUUGCACUCUGCUUCGGCAUUCUGUCGGAAAAUACCGAAGAGCCGACGAUAAAAAUCCAAGAUGGCAGCCUCCAUGUGCAUGAGAACUGCGACUUCGAUGAGAGGUUCAAAACUCUUGCAGCACAUCUACCUCAGACUCCAGAAGGAUGCAGUCUUGAAUUUGCAUCACGAAGCACUAAUCGCCCAGCGUACAACUAGACACAUCCUCACCAACCCAAGGUGUUUACAGUGGAGAAGUUUUUCCACUAGUGCAGAGCAGCUUGGUAACGAAAGAGCCGAAGUAAGUGUAUCAGAGGAUAGUCUGGUUCUGCAGGAGAGACCCAAAGGCUAUCUAGCCUGGAAGCCAGUGGACGAUGUCUACUUGCGUCAGCAUUAUCCACCACAACCCAAAUCGUUCGAUGAGGCUAUGGAGAUUCUGAGGAAGCAGGACAAAUGGAUGUUUUGUCGUCUCCAAAACAAAUACGCCGACCGCACGAUCACCAUUUCGAUCAAUCUUGACAUGGCCCUACAGAAAAAAAAAAAAGUGGAUCCGUUCCAGAACAUGUUAAUACUGCCACACGCUUUCAAGCCAGACAACAAAGUGCUCUGCUUUGCAAGGGGCACAGAUGCUCAAGUUGCCCAGGAUGCAGGAGCAGACAUUAUUGGAGGCGAGGAGCUGGUACCCAAGGUUCUCUCCAAGGAGGUCAGAGACUUUGAUUUCUGUGUGUCUUCUCCGGACAUGAUGGCCGAACUGGCAUCCCUCAAGAGACAGCUAAGGAAGAGGUUUCCAAACUCAAAGAGAGGAUCAGUGGGUCCAGAUCUAGCAAGUAUGAUUCACAGAUACAAGAAAGGACAGGAUUACAAAUGCCAAGUUAGGGGUAAACAUGUCAACGUAUCAAUCGGAAAGCUGAGCCUAACCAAUGAGCAGAUAGAAGAGAACAUGCAGUGCAUCAUCACAGACAUCUGUAAGCACAAGCCACUAGAGUUUGGACCUUUUAUCACCAAGUUGACCAUCAAUGCUUUCCUCCUGGACGGAAUCCUCAUCAAAUUUGACAAAUAUCUCCCGGUUCCAGUAGACGAACUCGACAGUUUGCAGUUGAAGCCCACACAAGACAAAGCAGCACUUUGACCUUAGGAUAACAUUUUUAUAUUAUUGUACUGACAAGGGAAGAAUACCAAAUAAACAAGGGGUAACAUCGAGGUUUUACCCCGAGGUACCCCACAAAACCAUGUAAAACCUUGUGAAACCUAACAAAACACUGUAAAACCUUGAGGUAACCUCACAAAACCUAAAGUCUACCUGCGGGUUUCAGAAGAUUUUGUAGGAUGUAGGAAGAGAGAGCCAACCCAAUGUUACUUACUUACUUUACUUGUUGCCCCUUGAAAGUCC